UUUGAGUUGCAAAAAUAUAUACAUACAUACAUACGCGUAUCAGUCUUCAGAUAUUCUAAAUCCCUUAUCUGUCUCUAGAUCCAAAAUCCAUCUUCAUUUUCAUCUCUACAAGCCUACUUGAACAAAAACCCAAGAGGGUUCCUUUGAUCUAUACAUAUAUACACUCACAUAAUCCCUUUCCACAUAGUUCUUGUGGAAUAGUCAUCAUCGAUCUCUUGUUACUAUAGAUCCAUUCAUUGAUUUCAUCGGCUCAAAUCUUUAUCUUUUUUGCCGACAAGAUCUUACACGCUAUAAUUCAUUCAUACGACUAACCCAGACGAAGAAAUUUUUGAAUUUUGCUGUAUAACCGUUGUACCCUUUCCUCGCCCAAAUUCUGGGGGUUUUAUCUUCUUGAUUGACUUCGUUGGCCGUAGAUUUGAAGAGUUUUUGGCAAAUCCAUUUUGGGUUUAUGACAGUGAGAUCUAAAAGCUUUGGUUCUUGUUGAUCUGUGAUCUACUAAGUUUUCAUCUUACUGGGUUCGUCUUUUGGGUAUUGUUUAGUUGCUUGUGAGGCGUUUGAUGCUUUGCCGCUGUGAUGCAACCUGAUCAGAGAAGAAAGGGAUCUGCRGAAGUAGAUUUUUUCACCGAAUAUGGUGAAGGGAGUAGGUAUAAAAUAGAGGAAGUAAUUGGUAAAGGAAGCUAUGGUGUUGUCUGCUCUGCAUACGAUACCCAUCUUGGUGAAAAAGUAGCAAUAAAAAAGAUAAAUGACAUAUUCGAACAUGUUUCUGAUGCCACACGCAUCCUCCGUGAGAUUAAGCUUCUUAGGCUUCUUCGUCAUCCUGACAUUGUGGAAAUCAAACACAUCUUAUUACCGCCUUCAAGACGAGAAUUCAGAGAUAUAUAUGUGGUGUUUGAGCUUAUGGAAUCUGAUCUGCACCAGGUUAUUAAGGCAAAUGACGACUUAACACCGGAACAUUAUCAGUUCUUUCUUUAUCAACUUCUUCGUGGAUUGAAAUAUAUACACACAGCAAAUGUCUUUCACAGAGAUCUAAAACCCAAAAAUAUCUUGGCAAAUGCUGAUUGCAAACUAAAGAUCUGUGACUUUGGUCUUGCAAGAGUGGCCUUCAAUGAUACACCUACUGCAAUAUUCUGGACAGAUUAUGUUGCAACAAGAUGGUAUAGGGCUCCAGAAUUGUGUGGCUCAUUUUUCUCUAAGUAUACACCAGCUAUAGACACGUGGAGUAUUGGGUGUAUUUUUGCAGAACUUUUAACUGGAAAGCCCCUUUUCCCUGGGAAGAAUGUGGUGCAUCAGUUGGACCUGAUGACUGAUCUUCUGGGGACGCCAUCACCUGAAGCUAUAGCCAGGAUAAGAAAUGAGAAGGCGAGGAGAUACUUAAGCAGCAUGAGGAAGAAAAAGCCUAUUCCUUUCUCUCAGAAGUUCCCAAAUGCAGAUCCCCUUGCUCUUCGUUUAUUAGAAAGAAUGCUUGCAUUUGAGCCUAAGGAUCGUCCUACUGCAGAGGAGGCGCUUUCGGAUCCAUAUUUCAAGAAUUUGGCUAAGGUUGAGCGGGAGCCUUCUGCUCAGCCUGUUACAAAGAUGGAAUUUGAGUUUGAAAGAAGACGAAUUACAAAAGAAGAUGUACGCGAACUGAUCUAUAGGGAGAUUCUUGAAUACCAUCCCAAUAUGCUGAAAGAGUUCUUGGAUGGAGCUGAACCAACUGGCUUCAUGUAUCCAAGUGCUGUUGAUCAAUUCAAGAAGCAGUUUGCUCAUCUUGAGGAGCAUUAUGGCAAGGGUACAUCAGCUGCACCUCUAGAGAGGCAACAAUCUUCAUCAUUGCCAAGGGCUUGUGUAUUAUAUCCAAAAGAGACCGCACAAACAACAGUAGACGUUACAAAUGGUCUCUCCAAAUGUUCAAUUAAAGAAGUUGGGAAGCAAUACAUGACUUCUGCAAUGCCAAUGACCAGACUUCCUCUACAAGUUCCUCAGAGCAUCCAAGGGGGGAGUGCUGCAAGGCCUGGUAAAGUUGUUGGUUCCGUUAUGCGUUAUACCAACUGCGGACCAGCUGCAGGAACCGGGGAUGCUUUUGAACAAAGAAGGACAAGUAAUAGGAGUAAUCCAGUAGCCGCUCCAACCCAAUUCCCGCUUCCCGCUUCUUCAUACCCACGAAGGUCCAAUAACUCAGCUGCCUGCAAAAACGACAAGAUAGAAGUCACCAUAGAAGCUUCUGGAAACGGGCUGCAGGCAAGACCACCAUACGUUCCAAGAAAAGUCGCUGCUGCUCAAGGUGGACCCGGCAGUCAAUGGUAUUGACUUUCUUAACGCAUCUUCCUUUGGCCUGAUAAGCGAAAUGACUAUACUACUCCUUGUGGAUGGAAAUGGCAAGUUUUGUUGAUGGUAUAUCCAUCCUGAUUAGCAUUUGAUGGAAGAUGUUGGGAAGAGAUUACAUGCUUAAAAAGAGUAUUAAGCAGCUAACAUCUUUUACGUUACAAAUAAUGACCCCCUUGAUUCACUAGCUUCUUACUCCAUGUAAAAAUAACUAUCGUUCGUUCCAAGACCAGACUAGCAUUUGCGUCAAUUGUAUCCUUGUAAUACGUACUUGUUUAAAGAACGUGAAUAUGCUGUUUUCUUAGUUGCAUUUGUUUCA